CGCCGGGCGCUGUGUGCGCACACGGUCUGCGCUGCCUGCAGCCCUCCUGCCGCCGGCGCAGGGCGCACGGACACUCAGGCACACGCGCGGACACGGCCCGUGCUGCCGAGCUGCCCGCCUCGCCGCUGGUGGCUGUGUUCCGCGGGGUUCCACGCUCUGCCCUGCGCUGCCCGCGGAUCCCCCGCAGGGCCGAUGGGGAAUAGUGGGAGGAUGCGCCUGAGCCGCGUCUGCUGCGUCUUCUACCAGCUGUGCGUGCUGUCUAGCGGGCUGGCCGCAGGUCUCCAUGCUUCAGUGGACUCUGAGGAGUGGGAGAUCGUCUUCCCCGCGCUCUGGAGCCGGGGCCAGCAGGAACCGGCGGGAGGCAGCGGCGGUGGGGGCGGUGGCAGCGCCGAGCCCGGCUGCGGGAACCGGAGCAGCGCGCCCAGUGCACCCGCGGCACCCGGCCCGGCGACGGGCAGCUCCCGGGAGGUGCGCUCCGUCUCCUCCUCGGUGGAGAGUCCGGCGCAGGCCGCAGGGGAGGCGGCCGAGGAGGAGGAAGCCGAAGAUGAGUACGAGUCUCAGGAGUUUUACCACUGGCCCCCCCUGCCUCAGGGCUCUGGUGCCGCCCCGCAGCUGCCAGCGACACUGUCUCCCCCGCCACCGCCUCUGGCUGAGGAUGGAGAUGAAGUGUUGCUGAGGAUCCCGGCCUUUACCCGGGAGCUCUAUUUGCUGCUCAAGAGGGACAGCCGCUUCCUGGCUCCUGGCUUUGCUGUGGAGGAACGACUCGGGAGUGACAGCAAAAGCUCACAGGGUACUACACAAGGGCAGCCUGAGAGAGCUUGUUACUACAGUGGUGCUGUGCUUCACUACCCAGGCUCCUUCGCCUCCUUGAGCACCUGUGGUGGAUUGGUGGGUUUUAUACAGAUUAAUGAGGACUUCAUAUUUAUUGAGCCAGUCAAUCACACUUUGGCUGUGACAGGUCACGCACACAGGGUGUACAGACGAAAAAGGUCCGUAGAGGAGAAAAUUACUGAAAAAACAACUUCUCAGAAUCAGUACUGUGGUGUUGUUACAGAUAAAAGAAAAUCCAAGAAUCAAAAAGUAUCAGAAAGUGGAAGAGGAAAACGAUACUCUUACAAAUUACCUCAGGAGUACAAUAUAGAAACAGUUGUGGUAGCAGAUCCAGCUAUGGUUUUGUAUCAUGGAACAGAUGCUGCCAGAAGAUUUAUUCUGACCAUCUUAAACAUGGUUUUUAACCUUUUUCAGCACAAGAGCCUUGGCAUACAAGUUAAUCUUCGGGUUACUAAGCUUGUCCUCCUUCACGAGACUCCAGCAGAUAUGUAUAUUGGACAUCAUGGGGAAAAAAUGCUGGAAAGCUUUUGUAAAUGGCAGCAUGAAGAGUUUGGUAAGAAGAACGAUAUACACUUAGAAAUGUCAACAAGCUGGGGAGAAGACAUGUCAUCAGUUGAUGCAGCUAUACUGAUCACAAGGAAGGAUUUCUGUGUACAUAAAGAUGAACCAUGUGAUACUGUUGGUAUAGCAUAUCUGAGUGGAAUGUGCAGUGAAAAACGAAAAUGUAUUAUUGCAGAGGACAAUGGUCUGAAUCUUGCUUUUACCAUUGCCCAUGAGAUGGGUCACAACAUGGGAAUAAACCACGACAAUGACCACCCAUCCUGUGCAGAUGGUCUCCAUAUCAUGUCUGGAGAAUGGAUUAAAGGACAGAAUCUUGGUGAUGUUUCAUGGUCCCGGUGCAGCAGGGAAGAUCUGGAAAGAUUUCUCAGGUCAAAGGCCAGUAACUGUCUGCUACAGACAAAUCCUCAGAGCCUCAAUUCUGUGAUUAUUCCCUCCAAGCUCCCAGGAAUGACAUACACUGCAGAUGAGCAGUGUCAGAUUAUUUUUGGUCCAACUGCUUCUUUUUGCCAAGAAAUGCAGCAUGUCAUAUGCACUGGUUUGUGGUGUAAGGUGGAAAGUGAGAAGGAAUGCAAAACUAAACUGGAUCCACCUAUGGAUGGAACAGACUGUGAGACUGGAAAGUGGUGUAAGGCUGGAGAAUGUAUCAAUCGGACAACUUUGGUGGAACAUAUGGAGGGGGAGUGGAGCAUGUGGAGCACUUGCAGCCGUACUUGCAACACUGGAAUCAGCAGUCGACAACGCAAAUGCCCUGGUCUGGGCAUUGAAGGUGAGUGUCAUGUCCCCAUGACACAGUAUAGAAUAUGUGAAAAUCCUUCCUGUCCUGCUGGUGUGCCUGCCUUCAGAGACUGGCAGUGCCAGGCUUUCAGUGUCAGAUCUUCGUAUCAGAAGCAUGUGCAGCAAUGGCAGGCUGUCAUUGAUGAUGAAAAGCCAUGUGCCUUAUUCUGUACACCAUCUGGAAAGGAUCAACCCAUUCUUCUAACAGAAAAGGUGAUGGAUGGGACUUCCUGUGGCCAGCACGGGUUAGAUAUCUGUGCAGAUGGUAAAUGCCAGAAAUUUGGCUGUGAUGGUAUAAUAGGUUCUCUGGCUCGUGAAGAUCAUUGUGGCGUAUGCAAUGGAAAUGGAAAGUCUUGCAAAGUCAUUAAAGGAGAUUUUAACCAUACCAGAGGAGCAGGCUAUGUGGAAGCUUUGGUGAUACCUGCAGGAGCAAGAAGAAUCAAAGUUGUAGAAGAAAAACCAGCGCACAGCUAUUUAGCACUUCGAGAUGCUGGUAAGCAGUCUAUCAAUAGUGACUGGAAGAUAGAACAUUCAGGAACAUUUAAUAUUGCUGGGACCACUGUCCAUUAUGUUCGAAGAGGUCUCUGGGAGAAGAUUUCUGCCAAAGGUCCCACAACUUCUCCCUUACAUUUACUGGUGCUGCUUUUCCAUGACCAGAGCUACGGUCUUCACUAUGAGUACACAAUCCCACUGGAUCCUCCCCCUGAGAAUCAGAGCUCUAAAGUACCUGAACCUCUUUUCAUGUGGACUCAUUCUGGCUGGGAGGACUGUGAUGCUGUAUGUGGAGGAGGUGAAAGAAAAACAACAGUCUCUUGCACAAAGAUUAUGAACAAGAAUAUCAGUCUUGUGGACAACAAGAAGUGCAAAUAUUUAACAAAACCUGAACCACAGAUCCGCAAGUGCAAUGAGCAGCCAUGCCAGACCAGAUGGAUGAUGACUGAAUGGACUCCGUGUUCAAGGACAUGUGGAAAAGGGACACAAAACAGACAAAUAGCCUGCACACAGCAGCUCAGAAAUGGGACCCUGAUCAGAGCAAGGGAGAGAGAUUGCCUUGGGCCAAAGCCUGCUUCUGCACAGCGCUGUGAAGGCCAAGACUGCAUGACUGUGUGGGAGGCGGGAGUCUGGUCUGAGUGCUCUGUAAAGUGUGGUAAGGGAGUACGGCAUCGGACUGUGAGGUGCACCAAUCCCCGCAAGAAAUGCGUUUUGUCCACAAGACCUAAAGAAGCAGAGGAUUGUGAGGACUAUUCCAAAUGCUAUGUCUGGAGAAUGGGAGACUGGUCUAAGUGCUCUGUUACCUGUGGCAAAGGAAUGCAGUCCCGAGUCAUUCAGUGCAUGCACAAGAUUACAGGAAGGCAUGGCAAUGAAUGUUUUUCUUCAGAAAAACCUGCAGCAUACAGACCCUGUCAUCUCCACCCCUGCAAUGAGAAAAUUAAUGUUAACACAAUAACAUCACCCAGGUUAGCUGCUUUAACAUUCAAGUGCCUGGGAGAUCAGUGGCCUGUGUACUGCAGAGUGAUACGAGAGAAGAACCUGUGUCAAGAUAUGAGGUGGUACCAGCGCUGCUGUGAGACAUGCAGGGACUUCUAUGCGCAGAAGAUGCAACAAAGGAGUUGA